AUGUAUAAACAACAAUCUGAAAAACGAAUAGGACAGCAAAUAAACAAUAAUAACGGCAACGACACUCAGUGCAAUGAGUGUAUACGACCUCCCAGUUUUAUUGGCCAAUUUCUAUCGACGAAUCAAGCACACUAUCCAAGGAGAAGAACGAAACACACGAAAAAUAAAAUCAUUAUGAAAUUAAGUUUGCUAAUUUCUUUGCUGAUCUGUUGUUAUAUCAAAUACACGGCAGCAACUCUUGUUGAUGGCAUAGUCACACUCUCAUGGACACGUGCUGGCAUAUCUCCUGUCGUCGAUCGUUUUCUCUCAAGUGAUACUCAGAUUUUAUUGCGUCUUUUGUGUCGCGAGCAGUCCACAAAUACCAAUCAAACUCAAGCACAGAUCAGAAAAAGUUUGAAUAAAAACUAUGAUAAAACCAAGGUUCUAAUACGUGGCAAAAUCGGCCGAAUUGUUGGCUGUCUGCCAUUACAAUCGGAAUCGUUCCUCACAGCAAGCAAAACAUCGUCUAAAGAUGCAGUCGAUGCUACUUCGAUGUUCCAAAAGAUCUACGAAAAUUUAUGGAAUGAAAUGGAAAUUCGCAACUUUGCUAUGGAGCCAGCUUUUUGUGAAUAUGACGGCGAAUUGUUCGUUGAUGAGUAUGCACCUAUGACUGGACCGAAAAUUUCGCCUGAAAAAGCGUUCGAACUGAGACAAAAGCUUCUCGCACAACAACAGCAAGAUCAACCGAAUAAAAUAGUGCGUCGUGCUGAUGACACAAGUAAAGAGGGAAAGAAAAGUCCGUUGGCAUCAGCUUUAAGUAAACAAACCGACAAAAAGCUACGAACAUGGGAAGAUGGAUAUUACUUCAUCGAAAUCGAUGAACCCUCCUUUCCUGAUGGCAACGUUCCUGGACUUGACGUCGAUGUGAUUGUAGAGAUGAAGAACCGUCAUGGUGGCUAUAUAACUGCAGAUGAAUAUCCGGCACUAGUUUUCUACGGUGUCAUGUGCGGUAUUUAUGGAUUAUUUGCUAUUCUCUGGUGUAUCUGGUGUGCAUUCUAUUGGAAAGAACUACUUAAAAUACAGUUCUGGAUAGCCGGUGUGAUUCUUCUCGGUAUCAUUGAAAAAUCAGCGUUUAUUGCCGAAUAUGACAUCGUUAAUCGACAAGGAUAUAAAGUUCACGUCGCUAUCGUUACAGCUGAAGUUCUUUCGUGUUUAAAACGCACUGUCUCACGUAUGUUGGUUAUCAUCGUUGCACUUGGUUAUGGCAUUGUUAAACCACGUCUUGGUCCUCUAAAACAAAAAGUUUUUGGCAUGGGUUUACUUUAUUUCGGCAUUGCGACAACUGAAGCCAUCCUUCGUAUUAAUACGAAGAAUGACGAAGCAAACAAUAAAGUUGUUAUUUCACGUAUUCCAUUAGCUGUUAUUGAUGCAACUAUUUAUUAUUGGAUAUUUACAAGUUUGGUUGCAACGACGCGAACAUUGCGUUUAAGAAAAAAUAUUGUCAAAUUGAAUGUUUAUCGACAUUUCACCAACACGUUGAUCUUCGCAAUUGUUGCCAGUUUGUUAUUUAUGAUCUGGUCGCUGAAGUCACAUUUCUUCACAGGUUGUGUCAAAAAUUGGCGAGAAUUUUGGGUUGAUGACGCAUUUUGGCAUAUUUUGUUUUCAUUAAUUCUUCUUGUAAUCAUGUUUUUGUUCCGGCCAUCAAAUAACAACCAACGAUAUGCCUUCGUUCCUUUACUUGAUCAAUCGGAUAACGAUGAUGAUGAAUUCGAUGAUGAAGACGAAGAAAAAGGCGAAUCAGCAGUGUUUGAUUCCAUCGUCAUGCGUAAAGCAUCAAAUAUGGAAAAUGGUGCUGCACCGAAAACAAAAAAACAACAACAAACAUUAUUAAACCGUGAAGCCAAUGUAUCAGGUAGUGCCACUGGUAACGGCGCCGUUGAAGACGCUUUAACAUGGGUUGAAGAUAAUAUUCCGACAUCGAUGGCUGAUCAAGCCUUGCAAGCAUUAGAUAGCGAGGAUGAAAUCGUCAAUACAAAAUUAGAACGAUCGAAAAUGCAAUAA